AAGGAAGUGCAUAGGAAGGCAUUUUUCUUCUUGCAUGAUGCUAUAGCCUGGGGUCUUAUGGAAGUCAUCAGUGAGAUUCAGGGCAGAUAAAAUGCUGACGAAAGGAUGUGUGUUCUUUUACAAAAUAGGCAGUAAUAUUUUAAAAUGCUGUAAUAUUUUAAAAAGCUGUUUUCUAAUACAUGGAGAUCAGGGGUCAAUGCCAGUCAAAAGCCCAAAGAGCUUUCUCCCCGCGCUCUCCUCUCUUUACGGAAAAGACACUGUGCUCGUCUCUUUAAGAUCCUGCUUGGCUGUGUGCCAUUUUUCCUUGCCCAGCCCUCACUCACGUGAGCACGUAAUUGGUGCGUGCGCCUCUGCGCGGAUCUUGUGAUUGCCUUCUCUUUGCUGCGAUUGCUCGGCGAAUAGGAUGGCUUCUGCUGAUUCACGGACCCUGGAAGAGAAAUUGUCCUGCUGCAUUUGUCUGGAGACGUUUACCACCCCUGUGACUGUGCCCUGUGGACACAGCUUCUGUGAGAAGUGUAUCGGCAGCCACUGGGACGAGCAGGAGCAAAAGCCUGCGGCCCCGCAGAAGUACACUUGCCCCGAAUGCCGGAAAAGCUUUGCCGAGCGGCCCGAGCUCAGCAAAACAGUGAAACUCGAUGCUGUGCUGGACCUUCUUAAAUGGAAGGUAACACGGGCACCGACACCCCCGGGGAGCCCGGCUACCCACAAAAGGACGUGCUCGAGCCACAGCCAGCCCUUGGAGCUCUACUGCAAGACCGAGAAGCGGAGCAUCUGCCGGGUGUGCUCCGUGAAGGAGUGCCAGAACCACCGGAGAACGCUCUUGGAGGACGAGAGGAAAGCAGGAGAAGAGUCUGUAAAAGAAGCACUGGAGAAAACUCAAAAGGAGGCAGAAAGGAUUAAAGAAGAAAUCCAAAAACUGGAGCAGCAGAUAGCCAAUAUUAAGGAUUCCUCAGAGAAAUUCAAAUCAAGGGUUUUGCAAAAGUUUGGCCAUGUCAUGGAAGUAUUGAAAGAGUGCCAGCAGAAGGCAGUGGAAAGAAUUGAAAAUGAGCAGGCUGCCGUGCUCGGCCAGAUGGAAGAGAAUUGGAAUCGGCUGCAGCACCAACUGGACACUGUUAGUCAAUACAAUAUGAAAGCAGAAGAACUGCUGUCCUGUGCUGAUGACAUCCAGUUUCUGGAGGACUGUUAUCUCCUUCCUCUUCCUGGAAAAUUAGAAGCUCGUCCAAUUCCCACAUUCAGCUUGGACAGCAAUACAGAUGGCAUCACUCAGUUCUUGACUGAAAUCUCCAGCUUUUUGCAAAACGCUCUGGCAAAUUCCUUGAAUCCAAAAGCUCCAGAUGCACAAACCCCCCCGGAACAGAAGAUCAAUGUGAGGAAGGCUGGACUGUGUCUUCCAGAGAAUGGAUUAAGAACACAGCUUCUGAAGGAUCAGCAAAAUUUGACUUUUGAUCCAACUACAGCUAACAAGUAUCUGCAAUUUUUUGAUCAUGACCGGAAAGCUACCCACUCUCAAGGCUUUCACAGCAUGAAACCAAAUGACCCAGAAAGGUUUGAGCCGUGGCAGGUCAUGUGCCUCCAGAACUUCAACCAAGGCAGGAGCUAUUGGGAAGUCAAGUUAUCUGGCAACUCAGCCAUAGUUGGCAUAGCUUGCAAAAGGAUUGCGAGGAAGAAAUGGGCUCGUCCUCCAUUUACCAUUGGGCUGGAUAAGCUCUCCUGGGGCCUGCAUAUCCAAGGAGAUUGUUACGUGGCUUGGUAUGAUGGCAAGUCCACAAAGAUAAAAGAGCGCUUGUGCCAAUUCAUUGGUGUGCUGUUGGACUAUGACCAAGGAGUCCUGUCCUAUUAUGGCUUGGAGGACAAUAUGAAGCUUCUCCACACUUUUCACACAGUCUUCACAGAGCCUGUGAUACCAAUCUUCUGGCUUUGUGAAGGUGUAACUGUGACUCUUUGCCAAAAGCCACAGGACCAAGUUAUUACAGCAGACGGGAGGUCUCCUGACUUGCAGGCAGCUGCUGUCACACUGGAAAAAUUAUGCCACUUGCUCGCCUCCGGGGCUGGCCGGAGCUGCCCUAUUGACAGGAAUCCCGGAUGGGCGGGGCCGGCGCUCCCGCUCCCGCCCCUGCCGGGAUCUGGGAAAGGGACCAGGCGCAGGCGCGCGCUCUUCGCUUCUCGGGCCGACCGCAGCAGCAUGGACAGGGGCUCCGGCCCCAUCAGCCCCGUUUCCAAUCUCCUGCAGGAAGGCCUCUUCAGCUGCCCCAUCUGCCUCGACGCCCUCAAGGACCCGGCCACCAUCCCGUGCGGCCACAACUUUUGCCUGAGCUGCAUCGGAGCGCACAGGCACCACCCGGGGGGCGUCGCCGGAGCCGGGGGGCAGCCGGGGACUUCCCGGUGCCCUCUGUGCCAGGAGCCUUUCCCGGCCGAUCUCCAGCUCCGUAAGAACCACACCCUGGCCGAGCUGUUGCAGCUCCGGCAGCCCUCCCCAAGCAGCUCAGCGGCGGGGCUGGCCAUGUCCCCCCAGAAGCCGUGCGCUCCCGGCGCAGACGCUUCCCACCCCGAGGACGCUGCCGACUGCCGCCAGCGGGAGAAGCAGGAGGAGCCGGUGCUUUGCGACUUCUGCACCGAUGGCGAGCGCGCCGAGGCGGCGCAGUCAUGCCUGGUGUGCCUGGCUUCCUUCUGCUCCCCGCACCUGCAGCCGCAUCUCAAAAGCCCCGCUUUCCAAGGGCACCGGCUGGUGCCGCCCUUGCGGCACAUCGAGGAAAGCCUUUGCAAGCUGCACCUCAAGCCCCUGGAGAGCUUCUGCCGCACCGACCGCAGCUGCAUCUGCCAACUGUGCCGGGUCCAGGAGCACCGGAGCCACGAAGUGGUGGCGGUGGAAGUGGAGCGGGAGCACGUGGAGGCCCAAAGACCCAAAAUCCUGAACACUGUUGCGAACCAGUUGGAUGAACUUGGAGUCACUAUUGCACAGACGAGGAGGACGGUGGACCUUAUCAAAGGCACUGCCCAGAAGGAGAAAGAGAAGGUCACCAAACUCUUUGCUGAAACAACCAGCAGCCUUGCAGCUUUUCAGAAGAAAGUCCUUGGCUUCAUUGAGGAUGGGGAAAGAGCCAUGCUGAGUGGGGCGGAAGACGAGCUGCGGAACAAGGAAGAGAGGCAUGCCCUGCUGAAUGAAUGCAGGCAGAACCUGGAGAAGGUCCCCAGCACGGAUACCAUCUCUUUCCUGCAGGAGUUCCAGGCACUGAAAAUAGUGUCAGAGGAGAAAAACAUCCCGUGUGCAAACUUCCCCAAAGAGCUGAGCUUUAUCAAAUCCAGCCAGGCGGUGUCGGCUGUGAAGGAGCUGCUAGUGAACAUUUGCAAGAGCCAGUGGGAUCAGCUCUCAGGGAAGGGGGAAGAAGAACCCAUCCUGUAUGGGAUGCCCGAAGUGACCAUUGGGCCCCAGAUUUCCGAAAAAAGCAGCAGCCCUACCUGUUUGGAGUCACGAGACUAUUUUCUCAAAUUUGCGUUCAUCAUCGAUUUGGACAGUGAUACUGCUGACAAGUUCCUCCAGCUCUUUGGAACCAAGGGAGCCAAGCGUGUGCUGAAUCCGAUUGCCUAUCCCGGGAGUUCAACCAGGUUCAUCAACUGUGAGCAGGUGCUGGGUGAGAACAUAAUGAACCGUGGCAACUACUAUUGGGAAGUGGAGAUCAUUGAUGGCUGGGUGAGCAUUGGGGUCAUCACGGAAGACUUCAACCCACAGGAGUCAUACGACAAGGGCCGCCUGGGGAGGAAUGACAAGUCCUGCUGCCUGCAGUGGAAUGGGCAGAACUACGUCGCCUGGUUUGGGGGCUUUGACUGUGUCAUACAGCAGCCUUUCUUCCACACCAUUGGGGUGUACUUGGAGUAUUCAGAGAAGGUGCUGACAUUCUACGGAGUCAAGGAUUCCAAGAUGACAUGCCUGCAGCAGUUCAAAGUUGCUCGCUUCAAAAAGGGCCAUUUUGAUCCCUUCCAGAAUAAGAUCAACCACCAGUUUCCAGCGCUCUUCAUACACAACCUCAAACCAGCCUUUUUCCUUGAAAGUGUAGAUGCUCACAUGCAGCUUGGGCCUUUAAAAAAAGACUGUGUUUCAGUGCUGAAGCGUCGGUAACUCAAUAUAUGGCAAGAAAAUACUGGAGUCAGCAAAGAAGGUUAAGUGAAAUCUUCUCUUGGAACAGUAUGGCACAUCCAUGAUCUAGGGUUUUGAGACUUGUCACUUAUAUAUCUGUCACCACCAGCUUUAAAUAACGACAGGUAGCUUUAAAAAUGAUGAGUGUUCUUUAUUAUGGCCUUUUCCUUUCUUGGAUUUUAGUCAAGGACAUACAAUGUUAAGCAUAUUUACAUUGAGCUUAACUCAGAACACCAGAUGUGCAAGAAGAUGGAAGCUGUAGGCCAAAAUAUCUGGAGGAUCACAAGUUCCCUACAAUGCAGGUUCUUUUCCAAGCUUCUAUACAGGCCCACUAGAAGCAAUUUGCUCUUUUAAAGAAAAUACAGGCUAAAAUAAUAGUCUUUCUAGUUCUACUCUGUGAUCCAAAACUGGAGUGCAGAUACUGAAUUCCUGUAAAAUUCAAUAAAAAAGAUAGCACUAA